AUGGAGAAGAGGGCGGCCGCGGGGCCGGAGGGGGCGCCGGGCGCCCGGGCUCAGCUCGCCGUCGUCUGCCUGGUAAACAUCGUUCUCACCGGGCGACUCAGCAGCGCAGUUCCUGCCUUAGCCGCCUGCAGUGGGAAGCUGGAGCAGCACACGGAGCGGCGCGGCGUCAUCUAUAGCCCGGCCUGGCCCCUCAACUACCCCCCGGGCACCAACUGCAGCUGGUACAUCCAGGGUGACCGCGGGGACAUGAUCACCAUCAGCUUCCGCAACUUUGACGUGGAGGAGUCCCACCAGUGCUCCCUGGACUGGCUCAUGCUGGGCCCAGCGGCCCCACCCCGCCAGGAGGCCUUCCGGCUCUGCGGCUCCGCCAUCCCACCUGCCUUCAUUUCGGCCCGGGACCACGUCUGGAUCUUCUUCCACUCUGACGCCUCCAGCUCCGGCCAGGCCCAGGGCUUCCGUCUGUCGUACAUCCGAGGGAAGCUGGGCCAGGCGUCCUGCCAGGCCGACGAGUUCCGCUGUGACAACGGCAAGUGCCUGCCAGGCCCGUGGCAGUGCAACACGGUGGACGAGUGUGGCGAUGGCUCAGACGAGGGCAACUGCUCAGCGCCCGCUUCUGAGCCGCCACGCAGCCUGUGCCCCGGGGGCACUUUCCCCUGCAGCGGGGCCCGCUCCACGCGCUGCCUGCCAGCCGAGCGGCGCUGCGACGGCACGCAAGACUGCGGCGACGGCUCCGACGAGGCCGGCUGCCCCGACCUGGCGUGCGGCCGGCGCCUGGGCAGCUUCUACGGCUCCUUCGCCUCCCCGGACCUGUUCGGCGCGGCUCGCGGGCCGUCAGACCUGCACUGCACGUGGCUGGUGGACACGCAGGACCCGCGGCGCGUGCUGCUGCAGCUGGAGCUGCGGCUGGGCUACGACGACUACGUGCAGGUGUACGAGGGGCUGGGCGAGCGCGGCGACCGCCUGCUGCAGACGCUGUCCUACCGCAGCAACCACCGGCCCGUGAGCCUCGAGGCCGCGCAGGGCCGCCUCACGGUGGCCUACCACGCGCGCGCCCGCAGCGCCGGCCACGGCUUCAACGCCACCUACCAGGUGAAGGGCUACUGCCUCCCGUGGGAGCAGCCGUGCGGGGGCGGCGGCGAGGGCGGCGCGGGCGACGCGGGCGAGCAGGGCUGCUUCUCUGAGCCUCAGCGCUGCGACGGCUGGUGGCACUGCGCCAGCGGCCGCGACGAGCAGGGCUGCCCCGCCUGCCCGCCGGACCAGUACCCCUGCGAGGGCGGCAGCGGCCUGUGCUACACGCCCGCCGACCGCUGCAACAACCAGAAGAGCUGCCCGGACGGCGCCGACGAGAAGAACUGCUUCUCCUGCCAGCCCGGCACCUUCCACUGCGGCACCAACCUGUGCAUUUUCGAGACGUGGCGCUGCGACGGCCAGGAGGACUGCCAGGAUGGCAGCGACGAACACGGCUGCCUGGCGGCCGUGCCCCGCAAGGUCAUCACGGCGGCGCUCAUCGGCAGCCUGGUCUGCGGCCUGCUGCUGGUCAUCGCGCUGGGCUGCGCCUUCAAGCUCUACUCGCUGCGCACGCAGGAGUACAGGGCCUUCGAGACCCAGAUGACGCGCCUGGAGGCUGAGUUUGUGCGGCGGGAGGCUCCCCCAUCCUACGGGCAGCUCAUCGCCCAGGGCCUCAUUCCGCCCGUGGAGGACUUCCCGGUCUACAGUGCAUCCCAGGCCUCGGUGCUACAGAACCUUCGCACAGCCAUGCGGCGACAGAUGCGCAGGCAUGCCUCCCGCCGAGGGCCCUCCCGCCGCCGCCUUGGCCGCCUCUGGAACAGGCUUUUUCACCGGCCGCGGGCGCCGCGGGGACAGAUCCCACUGCUGACGGCCGCACGCACCUCACAGACGGUGCUGGGUGAUGGGCUCCUCCAGCCUGCAUCAGGGACCACCCCGGACCCCCCAGCACCCCUCACGGACGCAGGCAGCCCCGUGGCGGCUGGGGAUGGGCCCCCCGGUGCCCCAGGCCACGGGCCAGAAGUGGGAUCCGCUGUGCCACCCUCCUCAGGCCUGCGGGACCCGGAGUGCAGGCUGGUGGACAAGGACAGAAAAGCCGGCAGGGACCCUCUGGUGGACAGCCCGGCCCCUGGGGACAUGCCUCGGGACCCCUGCUCGGCCCAGGACCCUCACCCCCCGGCUCCCACUGCCAGCAGCACCCUAGGCCCCCACCCACCAGAGCCACUGGGUGUCUGCAGGAGUCCCCCACCACCCUGCUCCCCAACGUUGGAGGCCAGUGAUGACGAGGCCCUGCUGGUCUGCUGACCGCUGGACUUGCUGGUGACCGCCACAGCCCCGCUUUGUAACCAGGGAAUACACAGUCGUUUCUACCCUGCCUCCGCGUCCUUCUUUCCUGCAGAGAGGCUGCCUGGAAGCCCAGCUGCCCGCUCGCUGCAUCGGCAGCCCCAGCCCUGGUGGGCAUGGUGGGCAGGGCCUCACGGGGCUGGAGCAAGGAGGCGGGUAAGGUCAGGAUC